AUGGCUGGAAGAGGUGGGGUGGAUGACAAAGAAUGGGACGAAUAUGUGCCUAUCGAAUGCACACGAAAUCGAAGAAUUCUUCGACUAAAUGAAAAUUCAGAAUUGGAAGAGGCUAAAGAACCACUCCAUUCAGGAAUUGAUGUGAAUAAAACUUGUGGGGUUGGUCCAGGAAUGGCAUUUGCUAAUGCAAUAUUGGAAAAAGACCCUAAUUUUGGGGUCAUUGUUUUGGUCCCUUGUGCUAUUGGAGGGACAAGUAUUACAGCUUGGUCUGGUUCUAACAGCAGCCUCAGAAGUCAGAUGAUUAAAAGAACUAACGAAGCUCUCGAAUAUGGUGGAAAAAUUCGUGCAAUUUUGUGGUAUCAAGGGGAGAAAGAUACAGAAACCGAAGCUGCCUCCUAUUUAUUUCCCAGUGAAUACCAGAUGUUUCUUUAUCGUUUACAUCAAGAAUUGAAGUACCACGAAAUUCCAUUUGUUUAG